AUGAGUCCAACAAGCGGCCCUCCAUCUGAGCCAACAUCCCCAGACACAGACACAAUCAUCCCAUUCCACUUCUGGGACGACCUCCCCCAUGUAAAAGCAAUAUGCUUAACAGUCGGCUUCCGCCUCGACGAACAACUCGACCCAGAGCGACUUCGCAACUCUUUAAGCCGCCUCCUCGAGCUAGGCAACUGGCGGAAACUCGGGUCCCGCCUACGAAUGGAUAGCUCAGGCAAGCUAACCUACCACCUACCCCCCAAAUUCACCUCAGACCGACCAGGCUUCAUAUUCACAACCGAACACCAAGACCAGAACAUCACCACCCACCCUCUAGCCUCCCAAAUGCCCGCAAUCAAAGAAGCAGACACACAGAACCCCAAAGUCCACGUCAUAGACUGCAUGUCAAAAUACAACUCCCUCUUCCGCCACGAGACGGCACCAAGCUGUCUACAAGACUAUCUGGAAAACGAUAUCCCGCAGCUAUUCAUCCAUACACUUCUCUUCAACGACGCAACGCUCCUCGGCGUAACAUUCCAGCACACGCUGACAGACGCAAUGGGCUUAUCGGGAUUGAUCAAGGCGUGGACAGCGGUACUAUCCGGUAAAGAAGAAGUCCCACCCUUUCUCGGCUUCGACGAGGAUAUCCUCGAGAAACACACUGAAGACCGUCCCGCUUCGCAACACGCGCUAGCAGGAAAUGUCUUCGGCUGGUUCCAGCUCGGCGUGGCUGCGAUAUGGAAGUGGUGGGAGGAAUUCCGGUUCCCUGUUCUCCAGGAUAAAGGGCUCGUUAUCCCCGCUGAGGUCGUGCGGAGGUUGCGGGAGCAGACGAUGCGGGAAUUGGACACCGGUGGCGAGGGGCCACGACCAUUCGUUAGCGAAAGCGAUGUCCUCCUCGCUUGGCUGGCGACAAUGCUCAUUCCAGCACAUAAUCCCAGCCCACAAUGCCCGGUGAAUAUAGCUAAUGUUUUCGAUAUUCGGUCUGCGCUGGCGCUGCCCUCGCCCGGUGUGUAUAUUGGUAACGCGACGCUUGGUGCGUCUGCGGCUUUUGAAGCGGGGGAAUUUGGAUCUGCUGGAGCGAAUCCACUGUCGGAUUGUCGGUUGGGGUCUGUUGCGAUGAAGAUCAGGAGGGCGUUGGAAUUACAGCGUACGAAGGAGCAGGUUUUUGCUUCUUCGGCGUUGGGGAAGGAGACGCUAAGGAAGACGGGACAUCUGCCUAUGGUUGGUCAGCCGGGGCAGUUGAGUAUUCUCUGUACGAAUUGGGGGAGGGGUGGGUUCUUUGAUGUUGAUUUUGGGGGUGCGAGGGUUGGUGGGGAUGGGAGUCCUUGUCGGCCUUCUUAUGUCAAUGCUGCUACGCCGGGGGGAUUGGAUAAGCGUGCAAUGCGGAAUCUGGUGGCUGUUACGGGGAAGGAUGGGUAUGGUAAUUGGUGGGUGCAGAUGGUUGCGAGGGAGGAGAUCUGGGAGAAGAUUGGGAGGUGGACUGGUACGAAUGUAGAUGAGUGA